UGCGGCGUCUCACGUAUUUAAGAUGGCCGCCCCUGUUGAGCGGGCGGCGGCGUUUGGAAUGGGUUUGGCAUUACGGAAGGAUCUCUGAAGAGGCCGAGAGCUGCAGGGCCCCUUCCUUAGUGGUGUGCGUUGGGCUGAGGCUGGGAUCAGCUGCACCAUGCGGCGGAGCUAGAGCCGGAGGCUUCCACCGUCAGUGAUGAUGUUAGCUGAGACCAAUCUUUCCAGAUGGGGAUGGGGAAGCCUUGUUGUUCUGCUUUUUCUAAUUACAUUUGGACCAUUUGCUAUAUUUUACUUUGCAUUUUAUAUCCUCUGUUCUGUGGGUGGGGGCUUUGUGGUAACACUUCUGUUUGGAAAAACUAAUUCAGAGAAGUACCUUGAACAGUGUGAACACUCCUUUCUUCCUCCCACCUCAUUUGGCAUUAAUAAGUGCAUAGAAGAAAUGAAAGAGGAAAGCAAACCUAUUAAGAUUGAUAGGAGGUUAACUGGUGCCUAUAUAAUUGAUGAACCUCUGCAGCAAAUCAUUCAAUUUUCCUUGCGUGACUAUGUCCAGUAUUGGUAUUAUACACUAAGUGAUGAUGAAUCUUUUCUUCUUGAAAUCAGGCAGACUCUCCAAAAUGCAUUAAUUCAGUUUUCUUCUAGGACAAAAGAAAUAGAUUGGCAGCCUUAUUUUACUACUCGAAUUGUAGAUGAUUUUACUACUCAUCUUAGAGUAUUCAGAAAAGCUCAGCAAAGAAUAACUGAAAGAGAUGAUCAGAUUAAAGAUGGAGCAGAAGAUUUUGUAGAUACAUUUUUUGAAGUUGAAGUUGAAAUGGAAGAGACCAUCUGUCGUGAUCUAGUCUGCACAUCUCCCAAAGAUGAAGAAGGAUUCCUAAGGGAUCUGUGUGAAGUUUUACUGUAUUUAUUGCUACCUCCAGGGGACUUCCAGAACAAGAUCAUGAGAUAUUUUGUCAGGGAAAUCCUUUCUCAAGGAAUUCUUCUUCCAUUAAUAAAUCAGCUCAGUGAUCCUGAUUAUAUUAAUCAGCAUUUCAUAUGGAUGAUUCGUGAUUCAAUUUGCAAUUAUGAGGCCUUUAUGAACAUUGUUAAAGUAAGUGAUAAAGUAGGAGAGUUAGAAGCAGUAAGAGAUAAAGCCACAGAAGAACUGCAAUAUCUUCGUUCUUUGGAUACAGCUGGAGAUGAUAUUAACCAUAUAAAAAAUCAAAUAAAUAGCUUACUCUUUGUUAAGAAAGUAUGUGAUUCAAGAAUACUGAGACUACAGUCAGGAAAAGAAAUAGAUACUGUGAAACUGGCUGCAAAUUUUGGAAAACUUUGCACAGUCCCUCUGGACAACAUUCUAGUAAACAAUGUUGCACUACAGUUUUUUAUGGAUUACAUGCAGCAGAUGGGAGGUCAAGCACAUCUCUUUUUCUGGAUAACAGUAGAAGGAUACAGGGUUACAGCUCAAAAACAGCUAGAAGUAUUGUUGAUCCAUCAGAAGGAUGGAGUGCAUCAAACAACACAAACCAAAGGUUUGUUAAGAACAGCUGCAGUUGGAAUAUAUGAACAGUAUUUAUCAGAAAAGGCUUCUCCAAGAAUUAAUAUUGAUGAUCCAUUAGUAGCGAAGCUGGGAGAAAAGUUGAACAAUGAGGACCCAACUCCUGAAAUUUUUGAUCAGAUUCAAAGAAAGGUAUAUGAAUUGAUGUUGCAAGACGAAAGAUUCUAUCCUUCAUUCAAACAACAUACACUUUAUGUACGAAUGCUUGCUGAGCUAGAUAUGCUAAAGGAUCCUAGUUUCAGAGGAUCAGAUGAUGGUGAAGGGGAAUCAUUUAAUGGAUCUCCUACAGGCAGCAUUAAUUUGUCACUGGAUGAUCUUUCCAAUGUCUCUGCUGAUGAGUCGAUACAACUACAUGCAUGCAUUUCAGAUACUGGGGUUUGUAAUGACCAUGGGAGGACAUAUGCAUUAUAUACUAUAACUGUUCAACGUCGAACUGCGACUGCUAAUGAUGAAUGGAAAACAUAUCGCCGCUACAGUGAUUUCCAUGACUUCCAUAUGAGAAUUACUGAACAGUUUGAAAACUUAGGAAAUUUAUUGAAGCUUCCUGGUAAAAAAACAUUCAACAAUAUGGAUAGAGAUUUUUUAGAAAAAAGGAAGAAAGAUUUAAAUUCAUACUUACAGCUAUUGUUAACACCCGAAGUGAUGAAAGCUUAUCCAGCUUUAGCACACUAUGUAUAUGAUUUCUUGGAAAACAAGGCAUACAAUAAAGAGAAAGGAGAUUUUGCUCGGAAGGUGGACACAUUUGUAAAUCCACUGCGUAACUCUAUGAGAAAUGUUUCAAAUGCUGUCAAGUCCAUCCCUGACAGCUUCACAGAGGGGAUGACAAAAAUGUCAGACAACAUGGGCAAAAUAUCAGAAAGAUUUGGACAAGAUAUAAAGCAAUCAUUUUUCAAGGAGCCUCCUUUAAUACAGAAGACAUAUGUUGAUCCUAAACACUGUCGGGUUUCAGCACACCUAGAUGAUAAUGUAGAAGACAAUGUGCCUCUUAAAAUAAUGCUGCUACUCAUGGAUGAAAUAUUCGAUCUGAAGGAGAGAAAUCAAUGGCUCCGGCGAAAUAUCAAAAAUUUGCUUCAGCAGCUUAUUAGAGCAAUGCACGGAUAUACAAUAAAUAAAAAAAUAGUUGAUCAUGUUGAUUGGAUGACAUCUCCUGAACAAGUAGCAGAUGCAGUUAAACGGUUUAGAGAUGCCUUUUGGCCAAAUGGCAUUUUAGCUGAAACUGUUCCACACAGAGAUAAUGCAAUCAGAAUGCGAACACGAAUUGCUGCAAAAACAAAACUGCUGGGAGUAAUGCCUGAUGAGUUGAAGCAUAUCCUUGGUGCUGAGACAACAAGAAAAGGCAUUCUCCGAGUCUUUGAAAUGUUCCAGCAUACUCAGCUAAAUAAGAGAAUGGUAUAUGUUUUCCUGGAGGGCUUCUUGGAAACCUUAUUUUCAGAGUAUGGAUUCCAUGAUCUCUUCAAAAAAUUGCAUUCACGUUCGAAGCAGAUGCAGAUAUAUAAAAACAAACUACAAUCUACACAAUCAUCUUAUUUACAGAAAAGGUGACACUCCUACUGUAAAAAUUUGCUCAAAACCUGGGCAUGUUCUCUGGGGCUUAAAACUCAAGUUUUAACUCAUGGUGUUUUAUUCUCACACCAAUCUUUUAGAAUCUUACAUUAGAUAAUUAAUAUAUACAUGAAAAUGUGGUUCUUCUCAUUUCAUCACUAAUGCAACCAUUAUCAUGAACUGGAUUCAGGUGUUUUAAAUGAUUUGGUGUAUCUUUAUGUAACAUGAGAAGAUUACUAGUCUGCUGUGAAAAUCUCUGUCUCUUCCAAAUCUUAUAGAUUGUGAUUGCCAACAAUGAAAAAUGCUACAUUGGGUACAUUGAUUAAAGUAAAGCACAACUUCUAGGAUAGAAAUAGAGGACUUGACUGCUUUUCUUGCAACUAGGAGAUUGUGCAAUGUGAGAACCAAGUGUGAUUUGAUUUGUAUUAUGAAUAUUCCCUAGCUCUGCAGAAGUUGGACUAGCAUGAGAAGUUUAGUAGACAAAUGGUUAUUAAAAAAAAUCUGUGCUUUCAAAUUAUUUUUCCAAAUUGUUUAAUAUGUAGAAAACCUUUAUGAACUUAUUAAGAAACACUUUAUUCAAGUUUUACUAUUCAGUGAAAUAGGUUAGGAAAAAAUAGGUUUAAGGGUCUUGAUAUAUUCUUCAAAUUAGUCCUUUCAAGGGUACAUACAACUUUUAAAUGAGACGGCUCAAAACAAUAUUUAAAAUUAGACCAAGAGUUAGUAAAUUUAUUUCCUUAUUAAUAAUGUGGGACAUUGGGAAAGAAACAAACAAAAGUACUAUGCUUUUUACUUUAGAAAUUUCUUUUAAAAAAUUGUCCUAUUUGACCUUAAAUCACUCUUAAAUUUGACCUUAAAUUCACUUCAGCUGGUAAAUUACUAAAAUGAGUUGUUACUGAUAUAAAAAUCUUACGGACUUCCUAAACAGUUAUCUGCAAAAACAGCAAGUUCCUGAAUAUAAUAUAUAUAUAUAUAUGAAGGAAUAUAAACAGCAUUAUCAUAGCUUUUAAUAUUUUUUUGCAUAUUAUAAAUUUUAAUAAAUCUUUUCUACAUGGAAUGCCCCAUCUGUUUUCUUGACUUCCAACAUAAUGUCUAAUUAUGAAUGAAUUGUUUGGACUUGAAUUUACUUUUUUUUUCUUAUUUAUUUUUUUCUUAUCAAGAAUCCCUGAAACUAUCAAGAAAGUACAGUUUAUUUGUUUCAACUUCAAAAUAAUAUAUUAUGUCAUCUAUUUAAAAAGAUGUUUAAAUCCCUAAGAAUAGCCAAACUACUAUAUUAAUGUACUAGUCUGAUAUUGAACAUUUUUAUUAAAAAUAUUUGGUUCAUUUCUUUUGAAGAAAUGUUUUUUGAGUGUGAAUACUACUGUAUUUGCAAAGAUCUUGUAACUGACGUUGCUAUUUAUAGUCAGAAGAAAAUAAUCUUUAGCUUCAAAAUAAACGAAAGAUGAAAGGAGCAGCAUUGUUUCAACAAUAUGAAGCUUGCUUAGUACUGACCAAACUGAAAAAGAAUUUUUUACAUGUUUAUUAUAAUAAGCAUGUAAAUUGCAAUUUGCUAAAUUGCAACUGUGGCUUUUUACAAAAAAUAUUAUUAUAGAACUAUAUACUAUAUGUGUAAUACAUUUUAAUGGUAGCAGGACAGUUUAAGAUAAAAUACGUGAAGUAUCAUUUCCUGUCUAUUAUGCUCCAUGCUUCUAAAUAUAGAUAAUAGUUGGCCUUCUUUAAUACAUUUCUGAUUUUUUGUUUUCUCUUUUUUCCCAUUUCUUAAUGAAAAGAUAAAAAUAGUUUGGCUAUACAAAUUAUAAUGAGAUUUAGAUAUAUAAAUGUUUCUAUUUUUAAAAACAAAAAAAAAUUUACAUAGAAAAAAUAGGACACCAGUACUUCUAUGGUUAAACUUGGUCCUGGCAUUCUGGUGGUCUUUGCAUUUUAGCUAAAGGAAUAUUGGGUCCUUUAAAUUACCCCUGAAAUUUAAACUUUCAUUCUCUCAACAGGUCUAUUGACCUCUAAAUGUCCUUGUGUUCCAGGCAGUUGAUUUUUCAAGUGGUGGGCAACCAGAAUCUACAUAGACUAUCGGACAAAGGAAGCCCAAUGGGAGACAAAUUAGAACUUUCCUUUGAUUUCUUACUUGAACUUGAAUUAAUUCUUGUUGAUUAUCCCAGGUUUAAAAUACAAAUGGACAGAUCUCUGUCAGUAAAAUAGAAUGUAUCUCUUAUCCAUGAAUAUCAUCUCUAGGUUUUAGGAUUAUUCUUAGUAGUUGACUUUAGAAAUUUAUUUCUUAGCCAAUAAAUCUUUGCAUUAAGGAAACACAAUAUGCCUUUUAUGUUCAUAGUUAUUGUACCAUAGUGUUUUGUCAUCUGUAUUUAAUUUCAAAUGAGCCUAUAGGGAGAUAACACGUUAUAUACAUUGCCCUAAUAAAUUAUUAUAAUUAACUCACAUCAUUUUAUACCCUUUAAAGCAUCCAUACAAUUUACAUUAUUGUUGCACAUAAUUAGUCACACACAUCCCAACCUGUGAAAGCUACAGCUAGCCUCUGAAAAUAAACGUGCCAUUGUCCAACAAAUGCACUUAUUUAGCCUUAAUUUAAGAGAAUGGAUAGUAAGGUUGAAUAUUUAUAUAGUUCAUCCUCAAGCUUCUGUUUCUGGUGUUGCUACAACUAAACAAUUUUAAUGCUACCAGAAAGUGUAAUCAUUUAAAAAAAUAAAAUAGGAAUUCCACUCUCAAUUCUAACUUUAGUGCAAUAUUUUCAUGUAAUGCAUGUGUAUUUGAAUAAUUGUAAAAACACUUUCAAGGUUUUGAGAUCAAGGGUAAACUAUAUUAAUAAUGUAUAAUAUUCAGUUAUUGCUGCUGUGUUGGCUUAUCUAAGGACUUGUUUUAAAAGUCUGGUUUGUCACUCCUUGAAAUUUUUUUCUAUGCUCAAAAAAGCAUAGUUCUUACUUUGCAAGGAGAAAAAUCUUUAAGAGCACAUCAAUAUGUAGAAGAUAUAUAAGUGACAUGUGCAUAAAAUUGUAUAAUAUGUGUCAACUGCGUGCCUAAUGGUUCUAUCAAUAUGUUCUUUAACAAAAAAAAUGGGUGAAAUGGAAUGCUAUAGUUCUCUUGUUCUGAACAACUGAAAACUCUAAAUUUUUAUUUGGAGUUUCCAUUAUGUUUGUCCAACAAAGGAGCUUGGAAAAAAGUACACUAAUAAAACAUUAA